CACUGUACUUCGUAGACGACGACGAGCCGCUUUCUAUACGUAGUUGUUGACAAAGAAGAUCGUAGUACUAGUGGACAACUGCUUGAUGUGCGCCAUUUUGAUGGUUUGCUAAUAAUAUUACACAGCAAGAGGAGCUACAUUUUCUUGAGACGCACAGACAAAGUCCUGUGCUUGAACGCAAUCAUUCGUUUUUUCUUAUAACGAGCUGACGAGAUUAUGAUUAUUUGACGAGCAGAAGAUGAAGUAGAACAUUGACAAUUACUUGCUUCUUGACGAGAGAAUGAAUAGUUGACGAGGUGGUGACGAGAGACGAGAAGCGUCGACAAAAUCGUAUUCUUGGAUCAUGGUGUGUGUAACAUCAAGAUGCUGUUCUUGUUGUUCUAAUAGAGUCGACAAACAAGCUUCUGUCAAAUCGCGCCGUUUCUGGAAGAAAUCGUUGAGGGCAAAUGAAUCGUAGUUCGGGAUAGAUGAGCGACCAGAUGAAAUGUUGAUUGAAGAACAUGAUCGAUGUGAUCCACUUGUACUCAACGAACACCAUCUUCUUAAGAUGAAUAAUGUCUAUUUCAUUUGUUAUGUUGAUUAUGACUGAGUAUUUUUACUCACUGAAGAGUAAGGUGGAGAAGAAAUUAUUCACGAAGAAAACGACCUCCCUGACCAUCCAAAAAAAGAAAAAUAGACACAGCAAGAGCUACUCUUCAGAAGCACUCGACCACCGUCACAAAAAGGUGCAAUUAUUCUUCUUACAAUACGACGCACGUUGUAUUUAGCGCUAGGCUUUCGAGGAACCGCCCCGACUCGGAAAAAAUACAGCAAGCAACAUAAGAUAAAUAGUCUACAACGACCUGUAGUCCACGACUCCCAAUCCAAACAACAAAAUGUUGUCCAACAUCUUCAAAGUCUGCGCGUUGGCCGCGCUCGUCGAUGCUCGCCAGAAGUACUCUCCCCGUCAGACCGCCUUCACUCAGACUGCGGAACAAUUCCUCGCGGCUGCUGACGCGGGUACAGAAUGCAAAAAAGUCGAAAAGACAGUCUUAGAAAAGGCCUGUGGCAAGGAAGUCGCGGAAAAGCAAAGUGAGGUCAAGGGAUCUGUGCCAAAAGAUAAGGAUGCGACAAAAGACGAAGAUGUUAAAGCGGCUUGCUGCGCAGGAAGCUGUGGCAGUUCUUGCCGCUAA